AGCGUAAUCUAUUUCCUGACUCACUACUGCAUCCAACGCUUUGUUGGUUUGGGAUUCUGGUGUGGUGAACUACUAGAGCUAUUUGGAAAACCAACUUGGAUUCUGAAUCCCUAUAAAUCUAUAGCUACGUAUUGUCCCAUGGCAAUACUUGUUCUACAUUUUGUGAUUUCGUUUAAUCGCCUUACUUUAGUGCUGGCACCGUUUUCAGCUGCAGACUUCUGGGCCCAACACUUCGUGAAAAUUCUAGUACUUUCGCUCAUAGUGACGUUGACAUUUGUAUGGUUUGUACUACCAUGUCGAAGUACGUACAAGUUGACAAGUCCUAACGGAGGGCUAGAUAUUGAAUACGAGAAAGUAUUCACACUCCUGUAUUCGAAUCUUCAACCUCUGUCACCAGCAGAGAAAACAAUGUUCGCCUUUGAAGGACUAUUAGCUCUAACCACUCUGAUGUACGCCAUAACUCAGGCACUUCUGUACUCUUCCAAAUAUCUCUUCAAGGAUGAAGCCAUGCAACAAGCAGUGCUGUUCUUCAGAAAUUUCAUCAUUGACAUAUUUAUUUUACCUAAUGCAUGGACACUCCCACUUCUAAGUCAAUCAGUUAGACGGUUUUAUGCAAAUACGGUGACGUGGAUGUCACGAAGCGAGAACAAGGCUCAACGAACGACACAUUGUUCGCAUAGAUUGUCUUCCUUAUGA